GAGUCGCUCUGCUGGUCUAAGCUACAGCAGGUCAACAUAUUCAGUGCAAGAGGCGGGCCUAUCUGCAGGGGAGACGAGCCGUGGACUCAGUGCCGCUCAGUGGUCGUGAUUUCAUCGACGAGGAGCCGACUGACCGCCCUUUGGACGCACAGGCAUGGUGACACGUGGAUUUCUGUGGGCGAGAAGACCCGCCGGCCACCGGGUGGAUUAACGGGGCCCCGUCGCAUCAUGGGUGUGUAAAGCGCGUCCCGGACCGCAGCGCUCUCCCCCUCUCACGUCGGGACCCGGCGAUGCGCUCUUCAGAGGAAACAGGUUUCGCAGAGACAUCCGGAAAACGCAUCCAUGCGCCACGGCUAGACCUCAUCCCGAUAUGCCUCUGACAACACAAAGCCUGCUUUCAAGGAGCUCCCGUAAGAAAACCACACAUGCGAAUCGGCAUGGGUGCGUCAACACGGUUAUUUCGCUUCAUUUUGCGGGCGAGGCUUCAGCGCACGGUUGUGCAAUGAGACAAUCGGGAAUCAUCAAGUAGACUUUAUCGAUAGGCUACAUAACCAGACAAUAUGGCUGAUCAAAGCAACAUCCAGUCCUCCGCCUCCAAGAGUAUCCGGCCUUUUAAAUCCAGCGAGGAAUACCUGUACGCCAUGAAGGAGGAUCUGGCUGAAUGGCUGAACACCCUCUACGACCUGGAUGUCACUGCGGACACCUUUAUGGAUGGGCUGGGGACGGGCUGUGCCCUGUGUCGGCACGCCAACAACGUGAACCGCGCCGCGCAGGACUUCCAGCUGGAGUACCCGGAGGCUGCACAGUCCAUGCAGGUGCCAUCCAAAGAUGUCGUAUCCCAGUCACGCAACGUCGUCGCCGGCUCGUUCGUGGCGCGGGAUAACGUGUCCAACUUCAUCAGCUGGUGCAGGCAGGAGCUCUGGAUCAAGGACGUCCUCAUGUUCGAGACCAACGACUUGGUGGAGAGGUGCAACGAGAAGAAUUUUGUUCUGUGUCUCCUUGAGGUCGCGCGACGCGGGUCCAAGUUCGGCAUGUUGGCCCCCAUGCUGAUCCAGCUGGAGGAGGAGAUCGAGGAGGAGAUCCGGGACCAGGAGAGCCUGCGGGUCGAUGCUGGGGAGCCAGCUGAGCAGAGCCCGCCCAGCAGGUGCUUCAGUCGGAAGGAGAGCAGUCACAGCGUGGAGGAUGAAGAAGAGGAGCCUGAUCCAGAGCCGUUCAUCUGGCCGCAGAAGAGAGUUUUAUGUGACAUGCGAAAUCUGGAUGAAUUGGUGCGUGAGAUUCUGGGCCGGUGUUCCUGUCCGGCUCAGUUUCCCAUGGUCAAGGUGUCGGAGGGGAAGUACAAAGUGGGAGACUCCAGUGCAUUGAUCUUCAUAAGGGUCCUUCGUACUCAUGUGAUGGUGCGUGUUGGAGGGGGCUGGGACACAUUAGAACACUAUUUGGACAAGCAUGACCCGUGUCGCUGUGCUGCUUUUGCCCACCGCUACCACCAGGCUAAAGCCAGUGGCCAAGGUCAGGGAGGCCACAGCAAGUCCUCGAGCGCCCACUCCUCCCGCUCCACCAGCCCAGGUCCACACUGGCGGAAUGAUGGCAUCGCGCCGUACAAACCUCCUGACAGGCCCGGCCGCUCUCAGAACCCAUCCGGCCCUACCGAGCUGGACUCCAGUGCAGCUCGCAUUCUACUCCCACGGCCGCCACGAGACCGCUCAGAACCCCGCCACUUUAAUCCUCUCAGGAAUAAGGAGACAAAGUUACCAGUGACGAGACGUCUGUCUGGAGACAGUGACUCCUCAACAGCCUCCUCUAAGGGAGGAGGAGGAGGAGGACGGUUCUCUCUGGGUGGUGCCUCACGACGCUCUGGUGAUGAGGUAAUCCUGCUUGUCAAUCGCAAGGAGGGGAAGCAUGUGAUUGAGAGGCCUGGAGCUGGAGAUCAGACCCCAUCCCUGCGUCCCUCACUGCCCCGUGCACGCAGCCAAUCUCGGGAACGUACUGCUCUGGCUCCAAUACUCAAACCGAACCCACCACAAGGAUCUGCCGAUGGAUCGCGGACUUCCCGCACAGAGAGGGGCCGCUCCCUUGGAAACGAGGGCCAAAGGAGGCUCCACGCUCCACGCUCCCACAGCCAGAGUAAGUUAACUUCCCGUACUCGGCCCAGUGAUGCCAGCCCGGGACCCACUUCCUGCUACAGAGACCCUCAGCACCCACCUUCAGACAGACGAGAGGAUCUUCGGGUUAAACAAUUGCCCCCAUCCUCUCCCAGGAUAGGCGGUGGGUUCACCAAGAGGCAGUCGUCCUCUUGCUCUAACUCACCUAUUAAAGGGGUCCAGAACAACAACAGCAGCCCCAGCAAGAAGAUUAUAACUACUCCCAGACCUCUUGCCCCUCGCUCACCCUCCAUAGGAAAAGGCAGACUUCUGCCACCAGUCACGGGAGGUCGACGUUCACCUCACUCAACUCCCCGCAACUCUCACCAUCAUGCUGCCCGCGCCCCUCGGACGUCACAGGGCCCUCGCUCUGCUGGGCGAGGCCACUACAGGAGCUGGUCUGGCCUUGAGCGCCAGCAGCCCGAAGAGGAAGGACUGGACCUCGGCUUCCAGAUGCUGCCAACCCUAGACCCCCAGAAGGAGCAGGACCUGUAUCGCAGCUUUGAGGCUGAGUUUCUGGCCAAUACACAGCAGGCCAUAGGAGUGUCUUGUAGAGCCCCAGGAGUGACGCUGCAGGGAGCUGGGGUACAUUCAGUGUCAGCACCCAUUGAUCCUAAUGUCACUGACUCUGCCUAUUCCUCCUCUAACUCCUCCACCUCCUCCCUGAAUGUGGGGGCAAAGAUUGGAACUCUGCCUGACCUCAGGGAAUCCAAGAGAACUACUCCCCGUCACUUCCCACCGGAGGACACCUUAAAUUUACUUUAUGGACACAAUUUUGGAAGUUCACACAACUUUGUUCAAGGAGAGCCUGAGCACUGGAGGGAGCGUGGAGGGGGUCUCAAGAAGCUCCCAGCCAUCUCUAGCUCCAUCGAGGAGAAGGAACCUCCAUCUUCCCUGCCCGGUCUUGUUGACACAGACAGAUUUAUGAAUCAGGUCCCCUCACAACCUGCUUUCCACUGUAGGAAUAUGAAUGGAGACCAUGGAGGUCGUCCUCCCACAGGGGGGCUGACAGGUCAGCAGGGUCAGCUUGGCUGGGGCACAGGGCCUGAAGGAGAUGUUCCUCUGGGGAAUCACCAGCCAAACUUACCUUACGACCUAGAAAAUGGUGACGGCAGUGAUGACCUCCCGCCCCCAGAGGCAUGUCCAUCACCUGUGCCCCUUCCCCCCUCCGAGGACUGCUCCUUCCAGGAUUCCUCCAGUGAAAACUCAUCCAUGUGCUUCAGCCUGAGUGAAUCCCGCUCUGAAUCUCCCCCACCAUCUUCACCCGUGGCCAAUGGGGACAACAAUGGAGAAGGGCUGCAGACUAAGACAGGGCAAAAGAAGGCAGACAGCGUAGCCCCUAUCUCACAGCACAAACUGAGAGGCAGACUGAGGCCUCGCACUGACAACAGGCCUGAAAACAGCCCCUCACGUAUCCCCACCCCGGUCAGCUACAGAGAUCUGCAGGCUCACGACACAUUUUCCCCAAGCCACACGCCACCGCUGUCCCCUCAGAGCUCGCGCUCUACUGGUCAUCCAGCCACGUGCAAAAGCCUGCACCAGGCCUUCGCAGAUAUGAUCCAUCCUCAACCGCGUUGCCCAGCGAUGGGCAACAAAGACUGCUCCUACCCUGGACAGUCAGGGAGCCUGGACACUGAAGCUUGGAUGUAGCACCGAUGAAAUAGGGACUUGUCAUGAAUUCUGACUACUGUGUAAAAAAGAAAAAGACUGGGCUAUAGACUGUUUUCAUUGCAUGUCCAACACCUUCUUUUUCACUUAGCUUCUCCCCUGAUAAACUGCAGGGGCUUCACAUUGCUUUUAUGUUGCACUCAAGCCAAAUUAUUUAUUACCAAAGGAAUGGUUUUUAAUAUUACUUUUACUGUCAUUUUAAUGUGUGCAUGGGGAUGUUUUUGCCAAUCUUAAGGUUUUUUUUUUUUUUUUUUGCAAAGACACUCCUGAAAUGCUCACGGUUGAUACAGAGAGAUAAAGAGAGAGCAUAUGUGCUGCCAUGGGCCCUGCUGAGGGGCAUGGUGAAGUGCCAGAGAUUUAAAGCUGCAGCUCUAUAAACAGUGUUAACACUAAACCUUUCGUCACAUGGAUUGGCUCCCUCUUGUGGUUUGCCACUGUAUCUCUGCUUGCCUUGAUAGUCAAAAUACUGGUACGAUGACUGUGAUGUAUUCAGUCUCUCCACAUUAGCGGUCUUCAUAUAUGACUCAGUAUGCUUACAUUCACAAUAUACUAACAGGUAACAUAGACAAAGGUACCCCCAUCAUUCCUCAGAACACUACACGCACUACCGAUCUCUGUACAGUCGUCUGCUGUUAUUAAUGUUCGCCACCUUUUCACAACAACUGAGGUCGGUGUUGGUUUUUAAAUGCUUAAUGUGCUACAGGUUUUUAAGAUUAUGUUUAAUGCAGUCAAACAUUUUAACUUUAUUUCUAAUUUCAAGUGGAUUAAGUGUAAAAAACAAGAGGUGCAGUGAAGGUUGUGUUACUUUGUGUCAUUGUCACUGAAACAGAAACGUUGGGAGCUCCUGCUCCGACCGAACUGUACUCUGGAACACAAUGCUACACAUGUACAAGAGUCAAAGGCUGAGGAGAAUGAUUGUGUAAAUACGUUUUGAUGUGCUCACUAAUAUACGUGGGUAUUUUGUAUAUAAAGAAGGCAUUGAAUAUAUAGUUUAAUGUACAUAUUCACUGUAAUCAGUUCUGUGCUGCCUUAGCUAUGCAAUGUUGGUGUUGGAAAUGCCUUGACGAUUCCCUUUGCCUUAAAAUGUAUUCGGAGGUUAGUUUUUGAAUGUUUUUGCUCGACAUUAUUACGAUUUAUUCAGUAACACUACAUUGCCAUCAUUAACGGUUUAUGAUAAUGGAAAUUGGAGAGUUUGAGUGUAAAUGUGGAAUUAAGUGAGGAACAUUGCCAAUUUGAAUCAUACAUUAUACGUAGUGUAGAUGUACAAUUCAUGAUUAAGAUAUAUAAUUUAUUGCCUCUGCCCUUAGUUGUUUUGAAAUACAAGAAGCCAGAUAACCUACUUAGCAGAUGGAUUUCAAAGGCACAGCACACGAUAUGGUGACAUCUAGUGGUUAAAGAAAGACAUGUUAUAUUCAAAGUAGAAGGACACCGUGAUCCGUGGUGCUUAUUAGAGCCAAUGACAACGAUAUUUUAAGGCAAAGUUUGAUGGAGGAAUAAGGACCUCGAGUGUCUGAAUGUGUGCAACAUUGCAUGAAUAAUAGAUACUGGAACUGGAACGUCCUCUUGUGAAGCUCUUGCACAGUUGUGAAGACUUUGAGAGGCCAGACCCCCAGCUACAGUACUUCUGUUUUUGGCAUGUAACAGGUGUGGACUUUGUAAAAUAUAUUUGAAAGUGGAAAAGUUGAAUUUGAUGUCAAUUAAGAGAAGUGGGUGGUCAUUUGUUUUUGAUGUGUUAUUUACAGUGGUUUUGAGAAAUGCAACAUUUGUGGAUGACAUCGUUGUGCAGGGCAUUGACACAGUAAAUGGGCUAGAACAAAAGAAUGUGCAUAUAUUUGUGUACAUGAGAAUAUGUACAGAGUUGGAGUGAAGAGGGGAGUGAUGUGGGUCUAAUUUAUUUAUUUAUGAAAUUAAGUUUCAUUGGGCUCAAGUGACAUCUGUCUUCCAAUAUUGUUAAAUGAGCUGUAAGUGUUUAGGGAAAUCUAAUGGGGCCCACUGAUGAACAAACAUCGGGCAUUUAAAGAUGUUCUUCUCAACAGUAUACUUUAAAGAGACAUAAUCCAUUUGAAAUGUUGCCCGUUUAAAAACUUUUAUGAAACAGACAAACUGAACAUAAUUGGACUGUUUUACAAUACAGAUACAGUAAUAUGAUUUAAUGCAGAGUCAGAAAUAAUGUAUGAUGUUUCAGUAUUGUACGAGCUUUUUAUCUCUUUCACCUGUAUAACAGAUGUUUAUUCUAAUUAUUUUAAAUUUUAAUUGGGUUUGGCUUAUUUUAAGACAUUUGCAUUUUGAUCAACUAGUGUUUAAAACUGACCAGUUAUGUGAACUGUGUCUUCCUUCAAGCAUUCGGUUAUCAAUCACAACAGAGAAUGAUUGUCCUCAUAAUCUGCUCUUUUGUCUUUCACAACUUUGCAAAUUUCAUGAAUCUCUCUCUCACUCUCUGUAUCCCUAAUCAGCGAAAUCUGAAUGUUCACGAUUUGACAAUUUCUUGUUUGCUAAUGUUACUUUCACUAAAACUUCAGUUAAAUGUACAGAUUGCUUGACAUUGUGGAAUUUGUAUGUAUGAAAUAGCAAUACUGCAACAUUUCACUUUUUUUUAAAGUUGAAAAGGCUGUCAAGUUGUUCUUGUAAUAAAUAUCUUCCUCUGAAGUUCAUGAAACAUCUCUGAUCACUUUUUCAUGUAGAGCUUUGGUCACAGCACUGUGCCCAACAGAUUGGAAUUGGAUUUAGGGGAAAUCAUGUGAUUUUCUAACUUCUUUUGUACUCAAAACAACAUUUUUGUUGUUGUAAAACAUGUAAUAUAUUGUGUGUAAUCAUCCCAUUUCUUCAGCUAACUGAUAUCUGAUGAUGCGCAUAUUUUGCGGUUAAAAAAUGUAACAAAAUCGAAUGCCCUUAGAAUAUGUGCUAAACGUAAAUACUGACAUUUCCCUUAAAAUGAUCAUCUCCCCAUUUAAUCAUAAGAUAAUGUAUUUGUUUUGCUUUUGACCUACUAACAUAACCCAGCUAAAACUAAUGCAGUCCUAAAAUACAUGCUAUAUUGUUGAAAGUUAUAGUGUGUAAUGUUGGUGUUGAUUCAACUUCAUGGUCAUUUUAGAGGCAGUUUGUGGUGCUGUUGAGUAUUGUGUUUCUAAUCUGACAACAUAAGAAACGCCUCCCAUUGUAACACAGUGUAGGUGAUAUACAAGGCAUUGAAAAAAUAUUAGAAACACCUAAUUACAUAAUUCACACCGCAUUAGCUAUGCAUAGAAUACACUGGCAACUGAUGAGGCUGAUACCACUUUAUUUACUUCUGUUCUUUCAGUAACUCUUUUAUCAUGAUGUAUUCAAAUUACAAGUUACAAGUGAUUGUACAAGUUACAUUUAAUGUUUCGUCAACUAAUAUUUAUGUUGUUAACCUGACCUGACCUCUAAGAGUUAACUCUUAGAGGUCAGUGGAUACAUUAAUUAGCCUAUAACUUCUUAUUAAAGCAAAUCUUUCAAAAAAUAUCCACAAUUUCUGUAAAGUGCUGAACGAAUAUAUUGUUGAGAGAGUUGAACCGCUCCUCUGACUGGA